UCAACAUUGAACAGCUGAGGACGGAGACACUGUCACUGCGGCAGCUGCAGCACAGACGUCACCAUGAGUCUGGAUGAGGACGCUCGCUGGCUGGAGUGGGUCACAAAACAGUUUGAGAGCAUCGCGGGAGACGACAAAGAGAUCGACCUGGACGAGUUUAAAACAGCUCUGAAGGUCAAAGAGUCUUUCUUUGCCGAGCGUUUCUUCGCUCUAUUUGACUCGGAUGGCAGCAGCUCCAUCAGUCUGGACGAGCUACUCAAAGCUCUGGACCUGCUCAUCCACGGCAGUGAGACCGACAAGCUCAAGUUCCUGUUCCAGGUCUACGACGUAGACGGCAGUGGCUCCAUCGAUCCAGACGAGCUGAGGACGGUCUUAAAGUCUUGUCUGCGUGAGAGCGCCAUCUCUCUGCCGGAAGAGAAACUGGACGACCUGACGCUGGCGCUGUUCGAGUCAGCUGACAAAGACAACAGUGGCUCCAUCACCUUUGAGGAGCUGAAGGCCGAGCUGGAGACGUUCCCUGAAGUGAUGGAGAACCUCACCAUCAGUGCUGCUAACUGGCUGAAGCCUCCUGACCUGGACCAGAAGAAGCGUCAGACUCCCCGGUACCUGACCCGGGCCUACUGGCACAACAACAGUCGUAAGCUGCUGUUCCUGUGUGUGUACGCCUGCCUCAGCCUGCUGCUGUUCAUGGGGGCCGUGCUGCACCACAGCCAGGGGGGGGCCUGGUUCAUGGUGGCCAAGGGCUGCGGACAGUGUCUCAACUUCAACUGCACCUUCGUCAUGGUGCUGAUGUUGCGGCGCUGUCUGACAUGGCUGAGGGCCACCUGGGUGGUGAGGGUCUUACCUCUGGACCAGAACAUCUUGCUGCAUCAGAUCGUGGGCUACGCCAUCCUCUGCUACACCCUGGUCCACACGACCGCCCACAUCUUCAACUUCGGUACAGACACUCAGGAGACAGAGAGCAGUGAGUUCAGCCUGUGGGAGUACCUGCUGACCACACGGCCCGGGAUCGGCUGGGUGAAGGGGACAGCCUCUGUGACUGGAGUGAUCCUGCAGGUGGUGAUCUGCCUGAUGGUGCUCUGCUCCAGCACCUUCGUACGACGCAGCGGACACUUCGAGGUGUUCUACUGGUCUCACCUGUCCUAUGUGUGGGUGUGGUCUCUGCUCAUGGUCCACUGUGCAAACUUCUGGAAGUGGUUCUUGGUCCCGGGUCUGGUCUUCCUGCUGGAGAAGAUCGUGGGAAUCGCAGUGUCUCGUAUGGGAGGUCUUUACAUCGUGGAGGUGAACCUGCUACCGUCCAAGGUGACUCACCUGGUGAUCAAGCGUCCUCAGUUCUUCCACUUCAAACCUGGAGAUUACGUCUACAUCAACAUCCCAGUGAUCGCCAAGUACGAGUGGCACCCGUUCACCAUCAGCAGCGCUCCGGAGCAGUCAGACACUCUGUGGCUGCACAUCCGCUCCAUGGGUCAGUGGACCAACCGACUGUACGAGUACUUCAGACAACCAGAGAGUCCGACCGUCAGCCCCAAGAGACUGGCCACCAGCCUGAGGAACCGCAGACAGCUGCUGAAGGCCCAGAUCUCUGCCAAGUUUGGAGAGAACCACCGGUUCUGUAACAUCAAGUGUUAUGUAGACGGACCGUAUGGGACCCCCACCAGACAGAUCUUUGCCUCUGAACAUGCCGUCCUGAUUGGGGCCGGGAUCGGGAUCACACCCUUCGCUUCCAUCCUGCAGAGCAUCAUGUACCGAUACCGGCGCAGGAAGCAGAACUGUCCCAACUGCAGCUACUCCUGGUGUGAGAACAUCAAAGACAGCGACAUGAAGCUACGCAAAGUGGACUUCAUCUGGAUCAACAGAGACCAGAAGUCAUUUGAGUGGUUCGUUAGUUUACUGACCAAACUGGAGAUGGACCAGGCCGACGAGGAGCCUGAAGGCCGCUUCCUGGAGAUGCACAUGUACAUGACGUCAGCGCUCAGUAAGAACGACAUGAAGGCCAUCGGCCUGCAGAUGGCGCUGGACCUCCUCGCCAAGAAGGAGAAGAGAGACUCCAUCACUGGACUGAGGACCAGGACCCAACCUGGAAGACCGGAGUGGGGGAAGGUGUUUCAGAAGGUGUCAGAGGAGAACAAGGGGAAGGUCCAUGUGUUUUACUGCGGCGCUCCAGCUCUUGCUAAAGUCAUCAAAGCUCAGUGUGAACACUUCGGUUUCAACUUCUACAAGGAGAACUUCUGAGGAGGUGUCCUGCUGUA